AUGGACAUAAGUUGCAAUCUUCUCUUUGCUCUUGUAGUUUUCAUUUUGUUUCAUCACCAUAAUCCUUCACUUGCUAAUAUUAGCACUGAUGAAGCUGCUCUUCUUGCCUUGAAAUCUCACAUUUCUUCUCAUUCUAACAAUAUCAUAGCAAGAAACUGGACUUCUUCCAGCCCCGUUUGCAGCUGGAUUGGAAUCACUUGUAGCUCCCGCCACCAUCGAGUCACAGCUUUAGACGUUUCUAACAUGCAACUUCAUGGUACCAUUCCUCCACACCUUGGAACCUUUCAUUUCUCGAGCCAUUCCAUCAUUUUUAAGUUUGUUACCGAACCUACGCUCUGUGCACCUCUGGAGGAACCAAUUUUCCGGGAAAAUUCCAUCUUCCCUUCCAACCUAACAAAACUGGAAGUGUUGAGAAUACAGAGCAAUUUUCUUAAAGGAGAGAUCCCUCGGGAACUCGGUGAUCUUCGUUACCUGACUACCCUAGACCUGCAACACAAUCAACUUAGUGGCUCUAUACCACCAUCGAUCUUUAACAUUACGACAAUGCAAGUCAUUGCUCUUAGCGAUAACAAUCUUACUGGAAAGCUUCCAACAACAAUAUGUGACCAUCUUCCAAACUUGGAAGGGCUUUACUUCUCACAAAACUCCUAG